AUGCGUGACGAGGACCCUGCUUCUGCUACUACAAGAGCUGUUGGCCUUGUUUCCGACGCAGUGCUCCGAAGACACGAUGCGCCAACUCCAGUGAACUCCCCUCAAUGCUCGUACUCUGCAAAGAACAAGGGGCAGAAUCGCGGGGCGAACGUACAGUUCAAACAAGCUGAAGACGAAGAUAAAGUCAAUAUUGCCCAGAUCCGCAUCCGCUUCAAACGUGGCGGCAACUGGUCCUACCGAAGACCAAAGACGGCAUUAAACCUCCACGUUGUCCACGAGUUCGGCCAUGCCCUGGGAUUCAUGCAUGAACACCUUCGCUCUCACUUUCUGUACAUGGUCAAAAACACCGACGCAUUGAGGAGACGAUACCCGGAGUGGACCGACGAAACCAUCAGAAAUAAUGGCGUUGACAAAGUCAUCACAGGGUCUAACGUCAAGCCUUUCGGUGUGGCUGCUGAUCUGGGUUCUAUCAUGAUCUGCCCGUUCGAACUAGGCGACCUCGAGGAUGACUACACGGUCAAUUGGAAUACUAAGUUGUUAAACUAG